AUGUCGUGCGGAGAUGGAGACGAUGGAGGCUGUAGUGAAGGCAUCGAACAUUCUAGCUUGACAGAGGAGCAGAACAUCAUGGAAAAGGAGAAUGAGAAAAUAAAGCAGAUUCAAUCCGCCAUGGAUAAGGUUUCGAGGGAAGUUGCUAAAGGCCAGGGUAAACUCGAGAAAGCAGUGGAAAAAAUGACUUUCAUCUUAAGAAAAAUCCGAUUCAUCGUGAAGGGACGAUGUCUGGUGAUCGAUCCAAAUGUCGAAGAUUUUGACGACCUAGAGCAUCCGGGUGAGGAAUGGGACGAUACCAUUGAAGACUUUGAACGAGACGCGGGCGCUGAGGUGAUUUCAUCUUUACUUGACCGAAUGAACUCUCACGGUUUGUACCAAGUUCUGCUAGUGGUAAACGAAAUGCCCAUGUUUUUCUUCACUGAAAUCAGCGCUUGCAGAAGCUGCUUGACCUCUGUGAAGCAAGUCACAAGCGUUGGCGUCGGAGCCGCUCAACCAGGUAUCGCGUCGUUGAACAUGCAACUACAAAAGAUACUCUUUUUCUUUCAGAGAAUUGAGCGACUGAGUGGCACCUUCUUUUCCAAGAAUUUCCGCACUGAUAUUGCGACGGAGUAUGAUUUGAAGGGAUUUGAGGAUGAAAUGAUCGAGGAAGAGAUGACUAUCAUGGAGACAUCUGAGGAUGGGCUUGUGGACGGCUUUGAUAACUUGGAUGCACGGGGAGUUAUUCUGAGGCGCGUCAAGUGGAUUGAGAAAGUAAUCGCCACACAAGGAGCAACUUUCAGCGACGAGCAGUUGCAUAAUUUCUUGCAUGAUGUAUACCUUCUCUUGAUUCGUCAACAUGCUCAGUUGGUCAAGAGGGUCCUCAAUUCCUUGGCAACUGUGCAAGAAAUCGUUCACCCCAUGUAA